AUGGACUCAAGGCUUCAUGGUGUCCCUCUUUCCACUACACAAAUGGCCCCAAAGGUCCCCGUUUCCAGUUCAUUAUCAGGUAUUAGAGCUCCCCUUACUAUGGAUGAUUCUGACUUUGAAUAUUCUGUUUCAGCCAAAAGUCAUAAAAAUAGUAGUUAUAGUAGUGGGAGCGAGACGGAGUAUGAGGGAUUUGUGAGUGGUGAAGAUGAGUUUGAAAGUGCAUCUGAGAGGCAUUUUGGGACUGACUCAGACGAGGAAGUUCGGGCUUCAACUCGUUUUGUUAAGGAGUAUGAUUUUGCAAGACCUGUUGUGAAGAGCCCAGGUGAAGAAAUUGUUCAAAGGAGUAGUAAUGUUAGUGAUUAUACUUUUUCUAGGCCUUUUGUGAAGAACUCGGAUGGUGAAGUAGUUCAAGGUAGUGAUGAUUUUAAUGAAUUUGCAUUUAGUAGGCCUUUUGUGAAAAUCCCAGAUGAAGUCAUUGAAGAAAGGAAUCGUGUUAAUGAAUUUGAUGAUUAUAGGCCUUUUGUGAAAAGCCCAGAUGAAGAAAUCAUUGAAGAAAGGAUUAGUGUUAAUGAGUUUGAUGAUUAUAAGCCUUUGUUGAAUGAUAGAGAUAAAGUGAUUGUGAAAGAUAACACAACGCCGGUUGUGGAUAUUGGGAUCUCAUUGCUGCCAAAAAUGGUCAUGCCAAUUGCCCUGGUAUCUGGAGACAGCGACGAUGAUUCUCCGCGCAGUGAGGCAAUGGAAGAUGAUGUUUUUUCUGCUGUUAUUAGGGUCCCAAGCGCUGAAAUGCUGCAGAGAGUGUACAGUGCCCCAAAAGUUAGAAUCUUAGAGGUAGAAGAAGAGGAAGCCAAUGAGUCAAAGUCUCACCAUGUGGUAGAACCUGAGUUUGUCGAGAACUUGGCUCCCAUAAACAUUUUGAAUAAUGUUUCAAGUUCUAAAUAUGAAGAAGAAGGCGAUGAGUCACAAUCUCACCAUGUGCUAGAACCUGAGUUUGUCGAGGACUUGGAUCCGAACAACAAUUUAAAUGGUGUUUCAAGUUCUAAAUAUGAAGGUGAGGGCAAUGAGUUACAACCUCACGUAGCAGUAAAACCUGAGUUUGUCGAGGACUUGGCUUCCAACAACAUUUUAAGUGGUUUUUUGAGUUCUAAAGAUGAAGGGUGUAGCUUUUGGGAGGACACUGUUCAUAAGGGUGCCGAUACUAUUGAAGAAGGAAAAAGCAAGUCUUUGAUGGAGAGUAAAGAGUGCGAUUCUUCGAAAGAAUCGUCCUACGAAGAUGCGACACAAUUAAAUGAAGAAAUUUAUUUAACUGAUGAGAUAGCUGACAAGAAAAAGUGUGUGAAUUUGGAUCAUAGUAGAAUGUCCAACAAUCUUAUGAGUCGUGUAAAUGAGGAAACAAAAGAUGUUGAGUCGUUGGGAAAUAAUGCUUCUCUUAUCUUGGAAGUAGAACAGGUUCUUCCUCAUGAAACAAUGAGUUUGCAGGAGAUGGACGAGGUUGUUUCCUUGGAUGAUGGGAGCUGUAGAAAGAGUAAUAUCGACGAUGCGGAAAAUGUUGUCCUCACCCAAAGUGACGCUAUUGAAAGUAGAUGCGGGGAAAACAUUAAUUGGACCAUGGCAUCUCACGACUAUAUCACUCCCAGAAAAAAUGAAUCAGUUAAUGAUGCAGCUGUGAUCGAUGAACUGCAGGCAGCUAGGGAGCUAGUAUCUUCCAUUCAUGGCCAUUCAGUUUAUUUCAGUCGAGAUGUUGCAAUAGAUGAUGAAUCAAUUGUUUCAGAUAGUCCUGCUACGCUUGUGUCCCUCAGUUCCAGUUUAGAGCAACAGAAAAAUUGUGAAGGGGACAAUGGCACAAUUGAGUUUCUAGGGGAGGUUGACAAUUCACUUUUGCAUGAUGAAAAUAAACGAGCUGUAGUCAUGGAACAUAGAUUACCUUCUACUUCAUUUGCUGGUGGACAGAGUUCCAGAGAUCAUUCACAGGAAAUUGAGCGACAGGUCAUGACGGACUCAGAUGAAGAGGUAAACUCUGAUAGAGAAAUUGAUGGGAGACAAGUUCUUAAUUCUGCUUCACUGGGUGCACUUUUGAAGGCAGUCACAGAUGCUGCAUCAGACAGUGGCAGCAUAAAUUUCUCGUCCGUUGAUGGAACUGAAGUUUUCUUUCUGGAGCGUCCUGCUAAUCUAGAGGACUUCACAUUGGAUUCUCUGAGAAAUAAUAAUCAACUGAGCAAUCACAGUUUUUUCAGGCGUUCCGAGGCCACAAUGGGAAUUGAUUCAGAGGAAUCUUUAAGUGAAGAAGAGAAGGAAAAGAUUGAGAAACUACAGCAGAUUAGAGUGAGAUAUUUGCGACUUGUCCAUAGAUUGGGUCGGUCUCCUGAUGAUCCCAUCGUCGCACAGGUUUUAUAUCAGCUAGCGCUUGCUGCAGGAAGGCCUUCUGCUCCAGGAUUCAGUCUUGAAUGCGCUAAAGCAACAGCUGUGGAGCUUGAAGAACAGAUUGAGAAUGAUCUGAGUUUUUCUUUGAACAUCCUGGUUAUUGGUAAAACUGGAGUUGGUAAGAGUGCAACCAUAAAUUCCAUUUUUGGAGAGAAGAAAGUGUUGAUUGAUGCAUUUGAGCCUGCGACGACUGAUGUGAAAGAAAUUAUAGGCUCAUUAAAUGGAGUUAAAAUCUGCAUCUUGGACACCCCUGGUCUUAGAACUUCUUUCACAGAGCAAUCUAUCAACCGGAGAAUUUUAUUGUCGAUUAAGAAAUUCAUGAGGAAAUGCCCACCAGAUAUCGUCCUCUACGUUGACCGAGUAGAUGCCCAAACCAGAGAUCUUACUGAUUUGCCCAUAUUGAAGUCUGUCACUACAUAUCUCGGCCCAUCAAUAUGGCAUAAUGUCAUUAUUGCUCUGACACAUGCAGCUUCAACUCUUCCAGAUGGACCCUCUGGGAAUCCCUUAAGUUACGAUGCAUUUGUUGCUCAACAAUCACGGGUUGUUCAACAACUUAUUAAUCAUUCUGCUGGUGAUAUGCAUGUGAUGAAGCCAGUUGCUUUUGUUGAAAAUCACCUUUCUGUCGAAAAGAACAAAGAUGGAGAAACAAUGCUCCCCAACGGAGAAAUUUGGAGAUCACAGCUUCUACUUUUAUGUUACUCUAUGAAGAUUUUAUCAGAAGUAAAUUCUGUGAUAAAGAAUCAAGAUCCUUUGGAUCAUACAAACCAAUUUGGUUUUCGGAUGUGUUCUCCAUCUCUGCCCUACUUUUUGUCUUCAUUACUGCAAUCCAAUGUUCAUCCAAAACUCUCAAAUGGCGGUGAGAAUGAUUCAGACAUAGAGCUGGAGUAUUCAUCUGAUUCUGACAAAGAUGAUGAUUAUGAUCGACUCCUUCCAUUCAAGCCAUUGAAUAAAUCUCAGUUUGCAAAGUUAAACCGGGAGCAGAGGAAAUCAUACUUUGAAGAGUAUGAUUACCGCGUGAAACUACUUCAGAAGAAACAGUGGAGAGAAGAAAUGAAACGGUUGAGGGACAUGAAGAAGAAAGGAAAAGACGGUUUACUUGAUCAUGUUUUCAUGGAUGAAGAUGUCAGCGAGGAAGCGCGAACUGCGGCAGCUGUAGCAGUUCCCUUACCAGAUUUGGUACUUCCGCCUUCUUUCGAUGGAGACAACCCUUCUUUUAGAUACCGGUUCCUAGAAUCCUCGUCCCAUCUUCUUGCAAGGCCAGUUUUCGACUCCCAAGGUUGGGACCAUGAUUGUGGAUAUGAUGGUGUGAUCAUUGAAGAUAAUAUUGCCAUCGCCAGUCGAUUUCCAUCAGUAAUUUCUGUUCAGCUAGCAAAGGAUAAGAAAGAGUUCAAUAUGCACUUAAAUUCAUCAGUUUCAGCAAAGCAUGGAAACAAGGGUUCAACCAUGGCAGGGCUUGAAAUCCAAACUGUUGGUAAGCAAUUUGCCUACACAUUGAAGGGUGAUACAAAAAUCCAACCGUGUAAGAUGAAUAAAACUUCGGCCGGAGUAUCAAUCACAUUUCUCGGUGAAAAUGUCGUCCCUGGACUCAAAGUUGAGGACAAGAUUGCAGUCGGAAAACAGUUACUUUUUGUGGGAAAUGUCGGUGCCAUUCAAUCUCGAGGUGAUGCAGCAUAUGGAGCCAACUUGGAGAUGCAUUUAAGGGAAAAGGACUAUCCCAUUGGUAAUGAUCAAAGCUCAAUAGGUCUUUCUCUAAUCAGAUGGAGAGGUGAUCUCAUCUGGGGAUGCAACCUGCAAUCUCAGAUCUGCAUUUGUCGGGAUUCUAAGUUGAAUAUUCAUGCCCGGCUGAACAACAAGCUGAGUGGACAGAUCUCUGUUAGGAUUAGCAGUUCAGAACAACUUCAAGUUGCUGUUCUCUGUCUCCUUCCAAUUGCCAAAGCCAUAUUCGGGAAGGUCUUUUCACAGUCCAUUGAAAAUUACUCUGCGUAA